AUAUUAAAUUAAAUGAAAUUAAAAAAAUAAAGCUGGCCAGAUGGCCAAUCGCAGCACAGAGCAACUGGUCUCCAUGGUAACGAUGGUUUGUUUGGGGAGGAGGCGGAGCACCAUCGGUGUGAAGAAGAGAAUACAUCCGUUAAAAGGUGGUGCUGGAGCGUUAAACGUGAUGGCUGGAACAUCGAGACACGACACAGCGAUGGCCAUGAAGGCCAAGCAGCAGCUGAUGAGCUGCUCCGACCCUUUGGAGAGGCUCCGGCUGCAGUGUCUCACCCGAGGAUCGUCUGGGAUCAAAGGGCUGGGCAGAACUUUCAGGAUCAUGGACGACAACGAGAACCGGUCUCUGGAUUUCAAAGAGUUCCUGAAGGGUCUAAACGACUACGGUCUGCUGAUGGAGAAGGACGAGGCCUCUGCUCUGUUUCAGCUCUUCGACCGCGACAGCAGCGGAACCAUCGACUUUGAUGAGUUCCUCAUCACUUUAAGGCCACCCAUGUCCAAAGCCCGGAAGGAGGUGGUCAUGCAGGCAUUUCGGAAGCUGGACAGAACUGGAGAUGGGGUGAUCACUGUCGAGGACCUGCAGGGCGUUUACAAUGCCAAGUACCACCCCAAGUACCAGAACGGUGACUGGACAGAGGAGCAGGUCUUCAGGACCUUCCUGGACAGCUUCGACUCUCCAUAUGACAAAGAUGGAAAGGUGACCCAGGAGGAGUUCCUCAACUACUACAGUGGCGUUAGUGCCUCCAUCGACAGUGACGUCUACUUCAUCCUGAUGAUGAGAAAUGCCUGGAAGCUCUGAGUGUAACGUAGGUCCAGAGCACGGGAGUGUUCGUCCUCGAGACCCAUUUUCUUCCUUUGGUUUGUUUUUAUAAUGCUUGUUCUGUUUUUAAUGUUGUGAUGUGAAUGAGAACAGGAUGGAUCCUAGUAAAUACACAUGUACGUAUAUAUACUUUAUUACAUGUACGUAUAUUUACUUUAUUACAUGUACGUAUAUUUACUUUAUUACAUGUACUUUUAUAUACUUUAUUACAUAUACGUAUAUAUACUUUAUUACAUGUACGUAUAUAUACUUUAUUACAUGUACGUAUAUAUACU